AGCUGGAACGAGCGACCGAACGAGCGAGCGAGUGAGCGAGCGAGCGACUUGGCGAGCGCGCGGACAGCAAAAACCAACGACACGAGCUUCAACUAAGGGGAACCGUCCGGACGAAUCCCCGUUCACGAUGCUGUGGAUUACGGCUCACGCGAGACCGGCUCGGCCGCUGCUGCUGACGCUGCUGCUGCUGGAUCUGGCGACGAGCGGGAUCCAGGGCGGUGGAGGCUCGGCGCAGGCUGCCUCGCCCGGCCAGGAGGCGCCCAUCAUCCAGACGAGCUACGGCAAGCUGCGUGGCACGCGCGUCAACCUUGUCAACGAGAUCCUGGGGCCCGUGAACCAGUACCUGGGCGUGCCGUACGCGGCGGCACCCGUCGGAGAGCGCCGCUUCCAGCCGCCCGAGCCCCCGGCCUCGUGGCAGCAGACGCGCAACGCGACGCGCUUCGCGCCCGUCUGCCCGCAGAACGUCCAGGGGGUGCUGCUCGAGGUCAUGCUGCCCGUGUGGUUCACCUCCAACGCCGAGGUGGUGGCGAGCCACCUGCUGGAGCAGAGCGAGGACUGCCUCUUCCUGAACGUCUACGUGCCCACGGAGGAUGACAUCCGUGACGAGGGCCCGCGCCCCGUCAUGAUGUACAUCCAUGGCGGCUCCUACAUGGAGGGCACCGGCAACCUGUUCGACGGCAGUGUCCUCGCCAGCUACGGCAACGUCAUCGUCGUCACCCUCAACUACCGCCUCGGAGUGCUCGGCUUCCUGAGCAUGAACGAUCCGGCGGCGAAAGGCAACUACGGCCUCCUCGAUCAGAUCCAAGCGUUGCGCUGGAUCAGCGAGAACAUCGUCCACUUUGGGGGAGACCCUCUGCGGGUGACGGUGUUCGGCUCAGGAGCGGGCGCAUCUUGCGUCAACCUGUUGACGCUAUCGCACCAUUCUGAAGGUAACAGGUGGAGCAAUUCUUCAAAAGGUACAAAGAGCUCACCCACCCCAUUGACCUCUGAACUCCGUACGCCCACAAGCUUCGCGUUCGGCAUCAAAUCGUCCGAGUGCCCGCUGGAGAUCGCAGACCGACGAGGCAAAAAGGACAGCAUCGUCUGCAAAAAACAGCGAUGCCACCUCCACGCCCCGAUAGACAGAAAAGGCCAAAACGAAUCGUUUGGGUUUUCUGGGAACAUCUGGCGGAAGGACCCAGUGCAGAAAGACUUCAACUUCUACAUCCGAGAAGACUUCUCCUGCACUCCAUGGGACGUCGUGGACAUUGAGUCCGAGUGGACGAUGUUCAGUGCCUCGAUUGCCGAUGCAGCUGCCAUCAAGGCGCAGCCACAGGCGGUGGGCGCCUCGCUGCUCUUCCUCAACAUCCUCGCCUUCGCCGCCCUCUACUACCGCCGGGACAAGCGCUUCGUGGUGGGCCACAACAACAACAACAACGGCGGCGGCGGCGGCGGCAACGGCCACCACCACCACCACCAGCUCCACCAGCCGCAGCAGCACCACGUGCACCACCAGCACCUCGGGCAGCAGCAGCAGUUGCUGCUUCGCGGCGGCGGCGGAGGCGGCGGAGGAGGAGGAAUCGGCGGGGGAGGAAUCGGCAUCGGCAUCAUCGGCGGUGGCCGCCUGCACAGCCCGCAGCAUGGCAACGAGGUGGGCCACGCGGCCGACGAGUUGAUGGCCCUGCAGCUGAAACACGGAGACCGCGGCGGCGGCCUCAGCGGCCUCGGCGGCGGCCUCGGCAGCGGCCUCGGCUCCAACGGGGGCGGCGGGCCGUGCGACGAGCCGACGCUGGCGUCGUACGGCGACUUCCCACCCGACUACACGCUGGCGCUGCGACGCUCGCCGGAUGACGUCCCGCUCAUGGCGCCCGGCGCCAUCACGAUGGUGCCCAACGCGCUGGUGGGCCUCGGCUCCCCGGGCGGGCAAGGCGGCGGGGGAGGAGGCGGUGGAGGAGGUGGAGGAGGAGGUGGAGGGUCGUCCUCGCUGCAGAACGCGCAUUUCCAGCAGCAGCUGCUGGCGUUCGGGAGCGGCGCUCCGUUCGGGGGGGGCGGAGUGGGAGCCGCCGGGCAGCCCCUGCCCGCAAUGUCCGGGGCGGCGUUCAGCAGCGGCACGCUGCCGCACUCGCGCUCGACCACGCGCGUCUGA